UUUUUCUAUUCAAGCGGAAUAGAAUGCGGAAUGCGGAAGAAAAAUAUUUGUUAGCUUGGUAAAAUGUAAGAAAAUGUAGGAAGAUGUACACAAUGAUGUUAUGCUGUUGCUUCGAAAUCAAUUUCAAAAUCGAAAAGUAUGAAACGGAAAACAAAGAAAUGUGAUCUGUGUCACGCUGUCAGAUACAGUGUAGGUUCGGAACAAAUUUUUGGCAUUGAUGGCUCCUACUUUCGAAGUGAAUGCUUAGACUCCUUGUCAUCUCAUGGAAUGAGUAACAAUGAUACGGUACAAAAUGCAGAAGGGAAUUCAUCACAAAUUGGCAGCACAGUCGUCCCAAAAUAUCACGACCAAAGCAAGCUGAAACAACUUGAGGUUGUGAAGUCCGUAGUCUUGGAAAAUAUGGAAAGAGUUAACAAGCUUAAAAUUGAUGUUUUGUCAAAGGAAAACGGGUCGUAUACUUCAAAUGAUGGCAAGGGAAGAGUAAAAAGUCUAAUUAUGAACAGUUCCAUUCUAAAAGAUCUGGAAGCUAACAUAGAUCUUCUACAAUCUAAUGUGAACCGAAGUCAGGAUUUAUUUGUUCAAGACGGUAAAAGACCAGGUUUUGAAUUGGCAAUUCCAUAUGCAUGUAUUUGCAGGGGACCUGGCUCAAUAUAUGUGCGAGAUCUAUGUGAAAAAUCUGGAGAUAUCAAAAUCGAAAGAAAUUUUUACUCUUCUAGUAUCCACAUCGAACAAUGUGCAGACAAAGGAAAACAUCUCGGAUGGCUGAGGAGUAACAAUUUGGUUACAAUCAGCGGGUGUUUCUCUUCACCGAAAAUUUAUAUUUCUGGAUUGUUUGUUAAUACCACUGUAUCCAUCAAAGGAGUGGGUGGCUCACCUGAAAUUCAUCUGGAAGGUGUAUGUAUAAAACCUAGGAUCCUGGUUCACGGCACCAAACUUAAACCAACUGUGUUUAUUGAUGGUAUUGUCAAUGAUCCAUAUUUGCAAGUAAAUGGGUUGGGAUCAAGGCUGAAAUUGGUUGUAAGAGGCAUUUGUUUCAGACAAAAUGUUGAAAUAGGAGGUAAAAAAUGCCAUACAAAAUUGCGAGUGUUCGGAAUGUGUGACAUUUAACCAGAUAUUUUUUAUUUUGUUGUCAUGAUUAGCAAUAGUUCCCAUAUCCGUCAUAAAAAAUGACUCAAUCAUACAUACAUUUGUUGCAGUGGUGUUUUCAUUGCUUUUUUUUAAAUAUAGAAAUUACAUUAUUGCAUUUGUACAAAUUUAGAUCAUAAUCAGGAACGACAACCCAUGCUGUACUAGUUAUCGGCUUCGUGAUAAUGUCUAUAAAAUGUCAGAAAAUUAACAUAAGAUUGUAUUAAUUAUAUAUAUAUAUAUAUAUAUAUAUAUAUAUAUAUAUAUAUAUAUAUAUAUAUAUAUAUAUAUAUAUAUAUAUAUAUAUAUAUAUAUAUAUAUAUAUAUAUAUUACAUGUAAAUUAUGCAAGUGCGUACGGAUACGAGUGAGACUUUUAGAUUGUUUGGAAUGGCCUGAAUUAUGGUUGAGUGCACAUGUUGUACCCAUUUUGCAUUUAUUUAUAAAUCUCACUAUGUCUUUCUCAUUUAUGCCAAUUAUGUUUCAUUUAUAACAGAAUGGUUUUGUCAAUAUAGCAUAUAGUCAAAAUUAACACGUUUACAUUACUUUUAUUUACCUAAAAAUCCAUGUAAUUUCAUCUUAUAAUGUCAUGAUUGCAAAUCAAGCAAUUCUAUAUCAACUGAAUAAGUUUAUACAAUCAUAUAUAAUUGAAAAUACACAAAUUUUUCAUUUAGAGAACAAAAUUGUUUAACCAGAGAGCAUCAAAUACAUAAUGAAAUACGUUU